AUGCGAAAAGAGGCAUUCCGAGUACAAGAGAUGGAAGAGCGAAUUAAGGAAAGGGAAGAGAGAAUUAUGGAGAUGGAUACAAGCCAGAUGACGCCAACUAAAAAGCGUUAUUGGUCAAGAAAGCAAAAGAAGAUUGCGGAGAGAGAAGAUCUUGGCGAGCAGACGCCACCUUCUAUGGGUGGAUACUAUCCGCAACCUAAUUUUAGUGGUGCAUUCCCACAACCAAAUUUUGGUGGUACAUUUUCACAACCUCCUUACCUCGGUGCAUACCCACAACCACCUUACCCCGAUGGAUUCCCACAACCUCCCUUCAGCUGUGGAUUCCCACAACCUCCCUUCACUGGUGGAUUCCCACAACCUCCCUUCACUGGUGGAUUCCCACCACCUCCCUUCACCGGUGGUUUCCCACAACCCCCUUACCCCGGUGGAUACUAUUCGCAACCACCUUACCCCAGGGGAUAUCCUACACAACCACACUUUUCACCUUUCUCUAUGGGUGAUUCUACCAACCCUAACCAUAAUGAUGACCCUUCAAACACAAAUUGGAUUCCUAGAGAGGAUGAGGAUUACGAUGAGAAUAAUUAG